GCGCGCUCUUCUGCUCAUGCUGGCGAGUUCUCUCCCUCUCUCGCUAGCUCUCUCUAGGAAGCCAUGAUUGUCGUCCUCGCGGGAGAAUCCUCGCUUUCUCCUUCACCUCUCCAUGCUCUCUCAAUUUCUCCGCGAUUCGGUACGUGGUUAUCGAUCAGAUGCAGGAGGAGAAGCAGUCGUCCACGUUGUCUAGGGUUCCAUAGAGCGGCCAUUUCCAAACCCUUAAUUCCGGGGUUUAAGCAUGCGUCGGUUACACAUUCCCGGCCGAAGGCGGGCAGAGAAGGAACGGAGACGUGGACUGCGGCAGUUUCCGAUUUCUCAGAUGUGGACGCGGUUGCGGAGAUCGCGGAGGGAGUCGAUGGCGAUACUGUGAAACUCGUCGAGAAACUGAAGGAUGGAGAGCAAGAAAAAUUGGUGAAUUUGCAGCGGAAAGCAGACAUACAGUUGGAUAGGAUGCUUACAAUGGCCUCAACUUGGAGUAGGGUUCUUCUGUCUCUACAGGGGAAGCUGAAAGGAACCCAGUGGGACCCGGAGAAUUCUCAUCGGAUUGACUAUAGUGAAUUUCGCAGGCUUCUUGACUCAAACCACGUGCAUUUCAUGGAGUACUCAAACUAUGGUCAGACGGUCUCAGUUAUUUUGCCAUAUUACAAAGAUGGGAAGCCUGAGGACACAAAAGAUGAUUCAAGGAGGGAGAUCAUAUUUCGACGACACGUGGUUGAUCGUAUGCCUAUUGAUUGCUGGAAUGAUGUGUGGAACAAGUUGCACCAACAACUUAUAAAUGUUGACGUUAUAAAUGUCAAUCCAGUUUCUGCUGAGGUUUAUUCCACAAUUGCUACUGCUGUCAUCUGGUCCAUGCGUCUCGCCCUUGCAAUUGGUUUAUACUUCGCUAUUGACAGAGUGAUGCAACCAAUCUAUACAAAGAUAAUACCCUGUGAUUUAGGAAAACCACCAGAAAAAGUUCCCCGGCCCCUUAAACGCCAUGCACUUGGUUCAUUAGGUAAAAGCAGGGCCAAAUUUAUUUCAGCAGAAGAAACUACAGGGGUUACAUUUGCUGACUUUGCUGGUCAGGAAUACAUAAAAAGAGAACUGCAGGAGAUUGUUAGAAUACUGAAAAAUGAAGGGGAAUAUCAGAGCAAAGGUAUUUAUUGUCCAAAGGGAGUGCUCCUUCAUGGACCUCCUGGGACUGGUAAAACACUACUGGCCAAAGCAAUUGCUGGUGAAUCAGGACUUCCUUUUUUUGCUGCAAAUGGCACAGAUUUUGUAGAGAUGUUUGUUGGUGUUGCAGCAGCUCGUGUCAAGGACCUCUUUGCUAGUGCACGAAGGUUUGCACCAUCCAUUAUAUUCAUUGAUGAGAUAGAUGCUAUUGGAGGAAAACGUGGUGGGCCAGAUGUUGGUGGGGGUGGAGCUGAAAGGGAGCAAGGUUUGCUUCAAAUUCUUACCGAGAUGGAUGGUUUCAAAGUUUCAACUGCACAAGUUUUAGUUAUAGGUGCAACUAAUAGAGAGGAAUUAUUGGAUGAUGCUCUCAAAAGAAAGGGUCGUUUUGAUAAAAUUAUACGUGUUGGCAAGCCGUCAAAGGAUGGAAGGUUGGCAAUACUGCAGGUUCAUGCACGGAACAAGUUUUUUAGGUCUGAAGAAGAGAAAGAGAUCCUCCUUAAGGAAAUAGCAGAACUUACAGUAGAUUUCAGUGGAGCAGAGUUGCAAAAUAUACUGAAUGAAGCUGGAAUUUUGACUCAAAGAAAGGAUAAGGACUAUAUUGAGCGAGAUGAGCUUUUGGAGGCCCUUAAAAGGCAAAAAGGUACUUUUGAGACAGGUCAAGAAGAUCAGACACAGAUUCCCGAGGAUAUGAAGUUGCGGUUGGCUUACAGAGAAGCUGCAGUGGCAGUCCUUGCCUGCUGUUAUCCAAAUCCUAAUCGUCCAUUCAUUGAGACUGAUAUUCGGACUAUACAUAGCCAACCAAAUAUGCGCUAUGCUGAUGCCAGUGGAAGGGUCUUUUCUAAAAAGUCUGAUUUUGUGAACGCAAUUGUGCGUGCCUGUGCGCCUAGGGUCAUUGAAGAGGAGAUAUUUGGCCUAGACAAUUUGUGUUGGAUUUCUGCUACGGCGACUUCUGAAGCGGCAAGGCUUGCCGAGCUGUUGGUUCUGCAAAGUGGAAUGACAGCCUUCGGAAAAGCAUGUUACCGAGUAGAGGCUGAUCUCGUACCAAAUCUUGCACCAAAGCUCGAAGCUCUCAGAGAAGAAUAUGUCCGUUUUGCUGUAGCCAAAUGUUUAUCUGCUAUACGGGAGUACCGAUCUGCUGUGGAGACAAUUACAGAUUUUUUGCUUGAAAAAGAGGAAAUAAAGGCAGAUAAGAUCUGGGAUAUUUUCUCAAAGGCUCCAAAAGUACCUCAGCCACCAGUGCAAGAAGUUGAUGAGUAUGCUGGUCUUGUUCACUCGGGAAGGUGGGGAAUUCAUGGGGCUUCUCUUCCAGGCAGAGCAACUUUUGCUCCUGGUUACGUUGGCUUUGCCACAUUUGGAGCACCUAGACCUAUAGAGACACAAAUUAUCAGUGACGACACUUGGAAACUGGUGGAUGGAAUUUGGGAGAAUAGAAUGCAGGAAAUUAACGAGGGCGUGUCAUAUGAGAUUGAGGAAGCCACAGAACUGCCUCACCUGCUUAUGGCUGACAACUUCCUUUGAUUGUAGUGCGAUUUCUGAGGUGCAGCAUGUCAUUUUUAACGCUUGACAAACAGUCCUGCAGAACUAAAUGAACAUUAUCAAAUCUCAGGUGGAAAGCAAUUUUUUCCCUCCAGCUAGAUGAUUCUCUGAGCUUGGCCUGGAAACGGGAGAUACCAUAAUACAUUAAAGUGCAUCAGAUGUACGGGAAAGACAUGGAGCUUUUCAAGAAAGCAGCAAGACUUCUGAUCUUACAUGCAAAAGCGAGCCAAGGGUGAGUUCAACCGCACAGUGAAGAUGGUCAUGAGAUUGAGCAUCUCCAUGGCAAUGGUGUCUUAAAAGCAGUGUCUGGAGGCGGAUAGUGAGUGCGUGGUGCAAAUUUUUAGUGGGGCUUGCAUCAUGUGUGGAAGAGCUGGUCAAGUACCAGGGAUUUUGUAGGCAGGAAAAUAAAAUUGGGGUUAUAGGGACUGCACGUGAUACGCUUCUAUAUUGUAGAACCAUACAUUCCAAAAGGAUGCAAUUUUGUAACAUAGUUUUGCCGUGUAACUUCCCUGUUCAUGUCUCAACUCCUUAGGUUGGUAGCCUUCCGAACCAUAUGAGCACUGGAAGGAAAACAAAAAAAAUACUGAAGCCGCAGACCUUGUUUGGUUAAGAAGUCUGCGGGAUCGGACCGACUAUUUGACA